ACGACCAUAUGGUGACCCUACAAGAAGAAAUCACUUUUAUUUGGCGUCGUCCGAAAGCACUGUCUGCAGUUUUAUUUCUGCUCAAUCGCUAUGUCGCUCUCCUCAGCAAUAUCUGUGGCUUGAUUAAGGAUUUUGUACCUGUUUCAGAUGAGAGUUGUUCGAAAUAUGCGCUAUAUAGACAACUAGCCAUUUUCCUCCAAACAGCGAUCGUUUGUAACAUAAUGGUCAUUCGCACUUAUGCUCUCUACGGCUGUAGCAAGCGCCUGCUUGCUUGGAUGGUAAUCGUCACGAUUGCUCUUACGGGAAUAGCUUGCGCGGGCACUUUUGGACAAUUUUCAGGCGAUAUCGAAGUCGUGCCAGGGCUUGGCUGCAAUGAAACAUUUUCAAAAUCGAUAGCUGCCCGAAUCGGGCUAGCAUAUGUGGCCUUAUCUGUCUUCGAUUUAAUCAUCUUCGUCCUGACAGUGCACAGGAUCUGCAAAGCCAAAAACUUGCUGCGUUUAUCGUUGGUCAGUAGGAACAAUAUCAUUGAUAUCAUAUUUUGCGAUGGUGUUAUGUUUUUCGGAGCGAUAACACUGUUCAAUAUACUGAACAUCCUGACGUACUACAUUGGUUCAGUUUACCUCAGAGGCAGUCUAUCCACAUUUACUGGUUGCCUGUCCGUUACUCUCAUCUCUCGGCUGAUGCUCAACCUGCAUCAGACUAUCGACACUGGCGUUCUCUCGACUCCCGUCCAGGACGAGGGCCCCAUGCUCCAUGUUCUUACCACUAGGAUUAGCGUAGAAUCUGUGAUUUCCUCUCACUAUCAGUAGGCCCAUCAGGGAAACCGUCCUGGGCAAAAAAAGUUAUAAUUUUCGCUAAAAGUUCUAAUUCAGACAAUUCUGUCUAAUUACAAGAAUUAGGAAUAAAAUUGCUAGAAGACGAUAAUGUUGGAUGCAAAUAUCACAAAA